GCUCGCACCAGUUCGAGGUGAAAUGUCCUACGGGAAAGACACAGACGCAUCGUGCUGGAAUUGUGAGCUACCCCAAUCUAGUGGGGCCAAAGUGAGAAGUGAUUUUUCCUGAAGUUUUUCCUACCAAAAUUAGGAAAAUUGAAAAUGGCAGCGGAAUACGGUUGAACGGUUUUCGAAGAGUGAUUUUUCCGAUGGUUCGAGGAGUGAAGCGAUCUCUUAUGGGCAGGAUGAGCUCCGGAAUUAGUAUCGAUUCCGUCUGGUGGCUCUGGGAAAUGGACGGCCAAGCGAAAAGAGUGUGUCAAGGACCGCUCCCUUGAAUUUUGGGCUGACGAGGAUGAAACUGCGAAGCAAGCAGCAGCGAUAAGGAUUUUAUUCGAUACCUGUAUGGAGUCAGUGGAAUCGAAUUUUUGAACAAUCGAGAAGGAUUUGCAACGUCUGCCCUGAGGGGUGGUGAUAUGUGAUCAUCGAGGUGCGGAAAAAUGCGUACAAGCCAAAAUGAGGUUAAUUAAAUUAAAGUAAAAAGAAGAGAAAUCCUGCCUUUCUUGAAGUGAAACCAAGAGUGAGUCAAGCUUAGUGGGGGUGAAGAAAAAGUGGCCAAUUUUCACGGGUGGUGUUCCAUUUUGCUAGUAGUAGUGGUGGUGGUUAGUGGUGCAGGAAGAAGGCACGGCACCUGAAGAGCAAGGACAUCAGUCAAGUUAGUGGUAGCUAUAGCUAGCUAGAGCCCUCUAUUGAAAUUCACGUGGUGCAAAAAUAGUGACGAGGAGGUCGAUUGGCGAAGACCUUUUGCGAAGUACCUCUGGGUCAAGAAACACACCUCCAUCGCUCGCAACAACGUGGUGCUGGUGAAGGAAUUUUGCGUUGAAAAUCAACAUACAUACGGCUCCACGCUGGAAGAGAAGCGAGUAAAAUUGAGUGUGAGUGUGCUUCUCUAUUGUAAGGACAGUGUAAUAGUGUAGUGAGAGGGGGAGUUCGGUGUUUUUUUUCCUCUGAGCUUGGAGCAUCGGAACGAAGGAUAUCGGGGACCCGAAAACGGAAACGGAUUAUGCCGCGUGGAAGAAGUAGUCGUUUGUCAUAAUCCCGUGCUGAAAUCGGUUACGGUUUGAAGCGAGACUUGGCAUUGAGAAGGUCACACGCACUGGGAAUCGACACGUGAAGAUUUUCUACGGCACGACGAUGAAUGGAUUCUGAGAAGGAUUAUCGAUGCAUUUUCUGUGGAUAACUAGUAGGAGAAAAGAGGAAAGACGUCAAGCAGAGGAAUCUGAAGCCAAUCACAUCUACUAAUUAAGUGUUCUAGUGCAUUAUCAUAAGUGUCUGCUUUGAGUGUUUUUGCAUUGAAGUUGUUGUUGCUUAACGAAUAGAGAAAAACAUUGCAUUACUAGUGAUAUUAGAAGUUAUUCGAAUGUCGAAGCAGUGGGGAAGAAGCCAAAAAAUAAUACGUUCGAUCAACUGUGUUUGGAAAAGCUUUUCAUGGACUUGGAAAUGAUCUGCCGCAUCUAAGAAGAAAAAGUGUCAUAGCGAACAUCAAUUUUCAUCCGCAAAAAACUCAUUCAAUCUCGUAUAUCCUAUCAACCAAAAAGCACCCCCCUCUCCAAGAAAUUCGGCAAACCUCCCACAUCGACCCAUCGAUUGAGAACGAACACUUCAGUCGAGAAAGAACUGAUAAGAGACUGGCACAUACUCACACGCAGAGACAGGUGAGUGAGAAAACUUUCUCACCAACUCACGGCUCGCGACGAGUUCCACCCUCACCAACCAGACGCAGUUUUUCAAACACCGAACCAGGUCGCAAUCAAGGAGCUUCGAGAGGAUUCAGUGUCAUUGUCAGCGAGCGGAAAAUGUGCACGUGUCGACGUGGUAGUGAGCUUACGAAAACGCUGAACAGAAAAGUCAACGAAAAUAACCAAAAUUGUGACAACAACAGUAACGGCUGAGGUCUCGUCGCUCUGAGAGUGAGCAUUGUAUUUUACUCGGAAACGUAAAAAAGCGUUAGAAAAUAAUGUCGUUAAAAUGUGUUGGAAGUGAAACGAGUCAGUGAUGGGAAUUUUCUCCGAUAGGCAUUGGUAUUAGUGAAAGUGCAAAACAUGUGUAAAGAAGGAUAAAUGAAAGAAUAAAAGAAGUAAAAUACGAUUUUCGCUAAGUCAAGGUUUGUAGUACUGCAACUGGUGAGAGGAUAAAAUUGCUGAAUAAUCGGAACAGCUCAUUCGAAAGGAAAAAGAGCGGUGAAAAGGGAAAAUUUUACUGCGAAUAUUGACAUCUCGACGACAACUUUGUGAAACGGAAUUUGGAACGUGUUGGACAGAGAAAAUCUAGAAAGAAAGGGAAGUGAGGGAACUUGUGUGUGCAACUUGGAAGGAUAUGAAUAGUGCUACGAUCGAAAGAAGAUACUGAGGCGUUAUCAACGUUGGAAGGGAAGUGCAGCGAGGAAGAUCAGCGAGCUUAGAAUCGAAGGAACGGAUCAUCGAGAUAUUACAACGGAGCUGUCGGGAAGAGUUCGGCAUGUGUUAGUGCGUGAGGAUGAGUGAUGGAUUUUCCGCCUGUUGAGGAUAAUAGUUUAUAUUUGGGAUAACGUUAGCGGAAAAGGUGUGCGGAAAUGCGCUUAGGGGGCGCCCCCGGUGGCGGAGACCCCCUAGCGAUGGGUGCCGGGAACGACUACGCCGAGCUAUGCGACCUGGGCCCGUCCCGUUGGAGCUCCAGGAGCGGCUACCAGCAGGUCUCGCCGCCGGUCAACUCGAUCUACCACCACACUGGCGGCAGUAUCGCUGGUGUAGGCGUCGGCGGCGUUGGCGUUGUUGGAGGUGGCCCCAGUGCCGGCGGCGUCGUUGGCAGCACCGGGGGGACCACACUGUCCUCGUCCGGUGGGGCCACCAUCCGGUCCAACAGCUUCGAAGCCGAGGACGUCAUCGGUCCUUACGGCACCUCGUCGUCCCGGAUCGGCAACAGCACAAGCUCCCUGCGAGGACGUUCAGGUUUAUAUUAUUCACCACCCGGUACUUCAUAUACAAUAGUAGAAAGAGAAAGACCACACUCUCCUCAUUAUUAUUAUAACACAGCCGGUGUCCCUUCCAAAGGAGGUUCAUUGCCAAGUAGAAGUAGUUAUUUAGACUCAGCUAGUUUAGGUGUUUCAACUGGUGCAGGUACAGUUCCAAAUUCUACCAGACAUAAUGGUAAGAAGCGGCCUAUCUCGCCAGAGCAGGUCAUAAGAUUGUUUAACACACAAAGUUCGUCUUCUUCAGUUCCUACUAGUUAUCAUAGUAACGGCACGCGAGAUCGAGGCCGUCGCAGUCCUGCCAGCAGUCCGCCUUCUACCACCCACCAGAUCUAUCGAGAUCGGGAUCGGGAUCGAAGCAUACCGAACAUUCACCAGCUGACGACGCGCACCGUGAACAUGUCCCGUGACCAGCAAACCGACGCCAGUCACGGGUUCGGCAUCUGCGUCAAAGGAGGAAAGGAUUCAGGUGUUGGCGUGUAUAUAUCGCGGAUAGAGGAAGGUUCGGUAGCGGAACGAGCCGGUCUUCGACCCGGAGAUACGAUACUGGAGGUGAACGGAACGCCGUUCACGGCCAUCAACCACGAGGAGGCGCUCAAGAGGUGUGUGCAGAUCCUGAAAUCAUCGCGGCAGAUCAGCAUGACGGUCCGAGCGCCUCCUUCGGCGGGGACAUCGAUGAUCAACUCGACGGCGCCGCUGCAUGGCUUCGGGCCACCUCCGAGUGUGGUCGGGAGUACCAGUCGACUGGCGGCCGCCGUGGCCGAUCCUUUGGGAGGAGCCGGGCUGGUUGGCGUAGGAGGACCGGCUGCCGUUGUUGGAUCGGUUGUUGCUGGUGGCGCUCCGGUGGGCGUUUAUCCACCGCCCCCGAACCGGCAAACGUGCUCCUGGAUGGACCGCCAGGGGCGACCUGCCUCGCCGCCGUAUGAAUACGGUGGCCGCCGGCCGGAGCGACGGGAUCGUGUUCGAAGGGUUGAACUAGUGAUAGAACCCGGCCAAUCCCUGGGACUGAUGAUAAGGGGUGGCGUAGAGUACGGAUUAGGAAUUUUUAUUACCGGCGUCGACAAGGACAGCGUCGCGGAUCGGGCUGGACUGAUGGUCGGCGACCAAAUCCUAGAAGUGAAUAAUCAAUCAUUCAUGGACGUUACCCAUGACGAGGCUGUUAGUCAAUUCAAGUUCCACAAGCGGAUGUCGCUGCUGGUACGGGACGUCGGGAAAGUGCCACACUCGUGUACCACCGUUGAGCCAGAACCGUGGGAUGCCUACAGUCCGACCGGAGUGAGGACCCGCCGAAAAUGUCCGGUGUCAGCGAUGGUGGAAGAAAAAGCCAGAUCCUUAUUACCUCGUCAUCAUUUUGCUAACUUAUCAUAUUAUAUAGCGGAAUAUGGUGCUAGAGGAAUGACCAUAGAGGCCUUCGUAUCUGUUUUAUUAGAAAUGUUAGAUACACCCGAAAAGCAUACUUUAGUAACAGAAAUAAGAGAGUUAAUUUUUCCUGAGGACAGGACGCGAUAUGACGAACUUGUAUAUAGGAGAGGGAGAGACGUUUACGGUGAUCCACUAGAUAGGCAUAGGAGAAAAGAUCAUUUACCUCAUUCGCACGAUUUGCCGGUUUCAGACACGGAUCUGGAAGUGAUCGAAGCGACCGGCCGAAGUCUGGCAGAUGAUUCCGGUGCAGUGGCGGCAUCGACGGCAGCGGCAACUAUUCCGGACAUUCGCAAUCGUCCACCGGCACCACUGCCGUAUCGUCCAAUGUCGGCCGGGCCGAUUCUCCACCAUCAUCCACCAUCAUCGUCGUCAUCGUCCCGUCAUCUCAAUACAUCGCAGAGCCAUCUGGCGGAUUUGGGCAGCCAUGGGACACCGAAUCGGGUUGCAUUCGGGGCAGGGCUCGGGGCCGCCUCGCCGCCAGCCGGUGUCCUCGGGCUCAAUCCUCUGUAUCACCCGAAUCGACACAAAAUUUCCUCGUCGUCUAGCGAUGUGGUCAAACAGUUGAAGAACAAGGAUUACAAUGAUCCGUCACGACCUAGGAGAGGCAGCGAGACUCAGCUAUCGAGGGCGGACUACGACUCGGACCAGGGGAGCUACUUAGAUGGAUUACGAUCACAUUUAGGUGGUUUAACGCAACGAGUCAAAUCUUGGUACUGGGGAAGACCUCUCGAACUAGCGACCAAGUUGUCUAGGAGCUUUGAUAUGAAAGAUGAAGGUGGUUCGCUGUUAGGAUCCGAUGCAGGUGUCAGACGGCAUCAGUCGAUGCAGCGCCUACCGAUGGACCAGAACGGCUCAUCGCUGGAGCAGAGCCAAGACCAGCCACCACAUAUAGUACCUGACCACCGAGGAAACCUACACAUCACGGUGAAGAAGUCGAAGCCCAUACUCGGCAUCGCGAUCGAGGGCGGGGCCAACACUAAGCACCCACUGCCGCGGAUCAUCAACAUCCACGAACACGGAGCAGCGUACGAUGCCGGAGGACUGGAGGUAGGCCAGCUGAUAUUGGAGGUCGACGGUAACAAAGUCGACGGAAUGCACCAUCAGGACGUCGCCCGACUGAUAGCGGAGUGUUUCGCCGCACGCGACAAGAACGAUAUCACCUUUCUCGUAGUCGAAGCAAAGAAAUCAAACCUAGAACCGAAACCAACAGCAUUAAUAUUUUUAGAAGCAUAGCAUUUGCUAUCCCUGCCGGCUAGCGAUCCGGAUAAUUCUGAAGUGCCAGAAAAAGGGAUCGACCUUACCGCUGAUAAAUUGAAGUAAGUUUUCUUUUCGUUCGAGUUAUGAGUUUGUUUUCUUUGUAUUUUAUUAUACUUCCUUAUUUGUGUUCUAUAUCUUCGAGGGAAAAGUUUGCGGAACUUUUGAACAAUGCAGAUAUACACUUGUGAAGAGUAUCGCAAACUUUUCUCGGAUUUCAAUAUAGUUUAGGUUUUUGUUUAGUUUCAAAAUAUUCAGAACUUUGCUGUCUCAAAAAAAUUGAAACACUUGGCACCGAAAGACUGUUUUCCAGAAAAUAUGAGUUGCACUCUUGAGCGAGAUAUACGUUAAAAAUUACUCAUACCAAAUGUUACAGUUAAAAAGCUAAGCGAACACUGCCGUACUAGUAAAUGUUUAAACAAACUAACAAGGAAUCGAGGAAAUCAACCCUUCCCAAACUGUCCUGCUACGAUAUUAUAAUGGUAAAUGAGUCUAAUACUUAUGUUGAUGUUGAAAAAAGUGUUGACACUGCUAGAAAGUGUAAUUUGUGCCAUGUUCCUCGUACUAUUCCUAGCCUAAAAUGUUAUAAAUUACAAUCACACUUGCGUACCAGUGCUUGUCCUAAAGUACAGUACCAAAUGCUAUUUAUCCUCACUAUCGUAUUCUAUAUUUUAUCUAUUUUUCCGUUUGUUAUCCAUAUAAUUUCCAAAACAAAAGAAAACAAUCAGCAGAAGAGUUAAGAAAGAAUUCUUUAUUCGCGGUAAUUCAGAGAUAUUCUAGCCGUCAGGGAUGAAAAACCAGGUUCAAAACCAAACACUAACAAAAAGAAAAACGACAAACCAACUGAUACAAUCCUGAACAAAUCAUCAGUAAAACUCUCA